UAGGUAUCAAGGCAUAUAUAAUUAAUAUAUUAUUAAAAUAUUUUCGAUGAAGAAAUAUUGGUAAUUUUAUAACCCAAAAUUGAUUAGGAAAGAAAAUUAAUCGAAUAAAACGAUUAUCGUUCCAAAAAGUUGUUAGUUAACUAUACGAAUUAGAAAAAAAUUGGUUACUGAUGAAAUUAAAGUAACGUCACAAGUUUGUGACUGCCCCCCUCCCCCAUGUCACAACGUGUCACAUUUUCUUGACAUCCUCCCUCCCCCUAAACGUGUGAUGUAAUGGGGAAGGCGGCUGCCAAACUUUGCUACUAGGUGGCGCCACUAGAGUUUGUGACAUGACAUUACUUUGGCCCCACCUUUUUUCUUUGUAUAAAUAAAUAUCAUAAUACUUAAGUGAGUGACCACAAUCAAAUAAGUUUUGUAUUAAUUUAAUGAGAUAUUUAUGUACGGGCCAAAUAGUUUUUAAUAUUAGACAUGAUCAGAGUUGGGAGCUUUGAAUCUGCAUUGAUAUCUCUGUAAGAAUGUAUAUCACAGGCGAAUUCUGUUGGAGCCUCAUAAUCGACAUUUCAUCAUCAUCUCCUUCCUUGUCGUAUCCGGCAAUGGCGACUCCAUCAACAAUUCUUAUCCGGAUUAUGAAAUGCCCAUAUGUGGCUCGCAAAACCAAACUUUGUUUUGAAGAUGCGGUCACACGAUGCGCAAUGGAGUUGUCCAGUCGAGUUGCGGCCGUUGCGGGUGUAUGUGUAGGAAGGCUUAGGUCCCGUCUUGCGGAUAUGACGCUUAGCAUCUAGGUCUUCCAGACGCUGCUGCUCAAAUUGAGCUACUUUCUUGUGAACACUAGAACGCCAUUCCGAUCUUUGUAAUGCAAUGCCCUCCCAGCAGUCAGUCGGUAUCCCGCAAGCGACGAGGUGGCGUUUGAGAACGUCUUUUGUCUUUGUUAAUCGACAUUUAAUGCUGGAUUCAAUUGAAAAUUAUUAUUUUGGUCGUAAAAUAUUAACUUGUUCAUAUUGUACAAUUUUCCUUGCAUAUUUUAAGCAUAAUAUUUUCGAGUCAAAACAGUACAUAGCCAAAUAUACUUAACCUUUAUAUGAGGUCUUUUUUCCCGUAAAAGUGCUUGUGUUACAGUCAGACGUCCAUAUUUUUCGUGAGGAUCCAUUUCAUUGCGUUAAACAGACGAUUAUUAGUUUAUUACGUACAUGAAAACAUCCUACAUUCCUGUCAAAACAAAACUUUUUAUUUGAAUGGCUUUGAAACUUUAUCCGACAGUUUCUCGGCCUCAGAUACAAAGUUUACUAUACUUAUACAGAGAGUUUAAUUAUGAAGUUAUUUAAACAUUGGUUUAUUAAAUACAAUUUUUUUUUAAAUUAUAAAUCUCAUACGAGUUGGUCGAGUUCGAGUUGUCUCAAACUCUAGUGGCGCCAUCUACGAUUAGCUUUCAGCCGCCUUCCCCAUUAAUGAAUGACCCCCUCUUGUUCCUCGCGUUGUCCCGGCAUUUUGCCACGGCUCAUGGGAGCCUGGGGUCCGCUUGACAACUAAUCCCAAGAUGUGGCGUAGGCACUAGUUUUUACGAAAGCGACUGCCAUCUGACCUUCCAACCCAGAGGAUAAACCGCUAAACUAGGCCUUGUUGGGAUUAGUCCGGUUUCCUCACGAUGUUUUCCUACACCGAAAAGCGACUGGUAAAUAUCAAAUGAUAUUUCGUACAUAAGUUCCGAAAAACUCAUUGGUACGAGCCGGGGUUUGAACCCGCGACCUCCGGAUUGCAAGUCGCACGCUCUUACCGCUAGGCCACCAGCGCUUUUUAUGAAUGACCCCAAAGAAUGGAAUCAUAGUUCUAUAGUAGGUAAAUAGCAGCCACAUACCAACUAUAUAGGUACGUAUCUUGUAUUUAAUUAAUUUCUCUAACUGUGAGGUUCAACUUCACCUAUCCCCAUAUUCGUUUUACUGGCACUAAAGGAUGAUGAAAACAACGCCUUGGUCUACAUCGACUGCUUGCCUCGAUGCUUUAUGUUAAUUUUAUGACCGUACACGUACCUACUCAAUCUUAAAUAAAUUACAUGCUGUAUAGAACAUAUGUCUAAUGGGCAUUUAAAUUAGUUAUUAACCGACUUAAAAAAGGGGGAGGUUCUCAAUUCUCCAGACUCUUUUUUUAUAUUAAAUAUUGGAGAUUUGUUUAUAGCUUGCACUUACCCUAACUCCGACGUACCCUUACCCUACCCUUAUCCUACCUAUGUAUAAUUAAUACUUAAUUUGAAUAUGAAUACCCUCCAACCCUAUUUCCUGAAGAAAAAAAAACACAGUCAUUUAUGUUUCCAUAUACCUACUCGAGCGAGUCACGAAUUUAGUACUCACUCAUAAUAUAACUUCGCGUAAGCUGAAAUUUUAUCUUCAUUCCUCACACUCCGAAACAAGGUAGUUCUUGUUCUAAAAAGUGUGUAGUAAAUGAUACGUUUCUACUCUAGAGCAAUGUACUUUCUAAGAACGUUUUUUCUCUUUUUACGAUAAGCAAUUAUAAUUUUAGUUUUAAAUUGAUUUGUUAUACAGUUUCCAUUCCGAUAAUUAACUGCCCAUUCCAUAAAUAACGAUAUUUGUAGGUACCUAAAUUAUUAAUAGAAAAUACAGUACCCGGGUGCUCAUAAAUAUCUGAACACGCCUUUAUUGCCAAGGCGUAUAUAGAGUAUGUGUUCACAUAUUUUUGACCACCUCGCCGGUCCGAUAUAUCUGAUGGCAGUGAUGGUGACUGUACCCUUAUGAAAUAAGACUGAAGUCUUACAUAGCCGUGUUUUAUUAAUGCACAUGUAUUACUUUCCUCGUAUUCGAAAUGAAAAGAGUGCUCAACUCGGGUGAAAACUACCAUUUCAUCUUACUGAGAUACCUUUAUUAAAAUUCGCCUAAACUAAAGUGUAUUAAAAUUAAAGAACCGCUGCGAAGGUACACAAGUCAACCUUCUCUUAAAUAUGUAAGUAGGUAUUCCAAUUAAAUCCCAGUUGUUACUCCACUUAAAGUGCUUUUAAAAGUUCACAAUUAGGUCGGUCACAGCCGCGGUCCGCCGCCCACAGCUGCCAAAGCCCUGAACCACCUGCUGCAUAAAAUAUUGCCCACUAGUCUUGAACCAAUCAAGCUAAAUUGAUGAAACUUUGACUUAAUUACUUCCGACAUUGUUAGGACUGACAGGAACAAAUUGAAGAUCAGUGAAUGACCGGCUCUUUCAUCAAUUAGUAUAUUUUGAAAUAAAAUAUUGAUGCAGCUCUAGUUGUAAGUAAGUAAGUAAGUCCUUUAUUUGCAUUCAUGUUGUACAAUUAGGUAUUAAAUAACGAAUGAAUUGUUUCAAACAUGAGCCCUGCAAGGGCGUAGCAAUAUUACUUAAACUAACUUAUUCCUAAUAAUCGUUAUAGUAAUCUUAUUACAUCUUAAAACUUAUCAUUUAAAUAUUCGUCGACAGUGUAAUAGCUUUUGUUUAUUAGGGUUUCUUUCAAUUUUCGUACAACUAGGUGUUCUUUUUUUUCUUCCUUUAUAUUUUGUGGUAGUUUAUAAUAUAUCUUUAUGGACAUUGAUAAAGGGCCAGACGAAUGAAGUUUUAAUCGGGAGGGUGGUGGCAUUAAUUUUGAUUUGUUUCUUAAUGUAUAAGUUAGCUGUACGUCUUCACGUUUGGUACAUAAUUCUGUGUGUUUGUGGACAAAUUUGCAUAUUUCUAAGAUAUAGAGGUACGGUAAGUAUUUUGUGUUCUAUAAAAUGUAGUUUACAAAUAUCAGUUUGUUUUAUAUUUACGAGUAUGCGGAUAAGUUUUUUUUUGCAAGGUGAAAAGGGAGGUAGCAUCUGUGCUGUUGCCCCAUAAGAUUAUUCCAUAAGAAAGCCAGGAAUAACCGUAUGCAUAAUAUGUUGCAAGUGCUGUUUGAAAGUCGGUGGUUUUCUUUAUUUCGCAAAGUGCAUAAGUAAAUUUUGAGAGCUUACUUCGAAUGUGUUUAAUGUGCGAUUUCCAUGUUAUGUGACUAUCUUUGACUAUUCCGAGUUGUGUAAAUGUAUCUACUACAUCUAACUGUAAAGAAUUGUGGCUGUAGUUAAUAGUUAGUGAAUUUUUCUGGUAGGGGUAAAAGAUCAUUAAUUUUGUUUUUUGGUAGUUUAUUUCAAGGUGGUGAUCAUGCAUCCAGUCUGAGACAUUGUUAAGAAUAUUGUUAAUUUUGUCGUUUAUGUGUGCUGUAUCUUGACAAGAGGUACCUAAGUAUUGAAAUGUCAUCGGCAAAUAAUAUAGACUGUUCUUGUAGGGUGUUUGGUAGAUGAUUUAUGUAGCAUAAAAAUAACAGGCAUCCAAUUACACUGCCCUGAGGAAUUGAGGAGGUGACAGGAGUGAUUUCAGAUUGGAUAUUUUUUAUUAUUCUAGUUUUGGAGUCGAAGUGUUCUAUUUGGGUAGGAUAUCAGCAAAUGCAUAACAUAAGUCAAUGCUACUAAUGCACUCAAACAUAUCGAAACGUUUGAAAGGUAGACAUUUUGCACGCUAACAAAAUUAUCUUAUACAUAUGUACGGUCACGUCUGAAAAUAUAUAUACACCUUUAAAAUAUGUAUACACCUUAAUACAUAUGGGCAAUAAGGUCGUAUAUUUUUGGGACUUUGGUCGUAUGGAUAUUUUUAGACGUGACUGUACGAUCAUCUACAUAUAUCUAUUAGAUAAAUGUCCACCGGCACUCAAUUACCACCGGCUUGCCAAAUUGAACAUCUCAUCCUACAGGGGUUAAUAAAGCAGGCCAGCUGACUCCGGCUUGCCCAAUUGUCACAGAGACUUAAUUACAUAGACUACCUACUGAACAAAGAACAAUAUAUAUUAUUGCAAUAGAAACUCGACUUAAUAUUUAAUCUGAACCCAUCUUCGAAGUCAAUCAAAUGAUUGACUUUCUAUAAUAGUGGAUCUAAUUUUAGCGUGACUCGAUAGACUCAAUGAGCCCGUAGAAUAAAGCUAUUUAGUUUAUCUUAUCAUGCAAUCGCUCAUUGCGAGUUAUCGAUGAAGAGAUUGCGACCCAAACAUAACAUCGAUGACCCGAUCAAGCUUCGUCGGCUAACUUGAGACUGCCGCUCAUCUAAAAUAUUCCGCGGUCUCUCCACGCGAAUGUCACGGUGCCGAACGCGUCUGCCGAUAGAGCCCAAUUCCCCUGAUCCGACGCCAAUCAACUAUGUGGAUCACGAGAUUGCCGAAAUGCGAGGCGGAUCAGUGAUCGUGUCGUGAGAACGGGUAAAGUACUGAACAGGUGGUGCCCUCCCCAAGUAACUGUUCCACCAUCAUCAAGCGCGCAAGCCGAGCGCGUACGGCGCAGUCCCGUCUCGAGACGUCUAAGCGCACCACGCGAGCUCAGCUACUCGUGCCUACGGCUACCGGUUACAGCACGCGGACGACCGCACGCGCGAACUUAUCCAGUGCUCGAGAUUGAUGUGCCAAAGUGAUAAAAAAAAAGUUUUUGAUAAUUGUAGUGACCGUUACUGGGCUUUGAUAUAAGACUACUCAAGUGCCCAGACGAUUUAAGGUUUUUUCACAGUAGCAUCAGGGUAAUCGGGGCAGAUAGCAUUAACGGUUGGCUCGGCGCUCGACUGUGGCCGACCGCAAGCAUGACGAGCGCCGACUGCGCUCUCGUGCUGCUCUUGCUGGUUCCCGCUGUACUUGCACAGGACUACGAUGUAACGGACAUCCAAUGCACAUUCUCGAGCGGCGGCACGGGCCUGCGGGACUCAGUGACGGCUCUGCUAAGGAAGCCCGAGGGCUUCCGUGGAGCACCGCUGUUUGCUGAUGAUCGCGCGACGGACCCCGUCUCCGACCCCGUCUGCCAGAUCCGGCCGGAGCCGGAGGACCCCACGGGGCUGCUGUACAGGCUCCGGAUAACGGACUUUACGAGAUGUGGAGUGUUGAAGCGGAAUGGCUUCGUGCACGUUCGUGUAUGGUUCCCGCAGUUCCCGGGCGUGGUGAUGCAGUCGGACCAGGAGCUGAUCAUCAUGUGCAAGCCGCCCGAACCCACCAUCAUCGAGAACAAGGCCGCCGGGUUCGCUGGCAGCUUCCCACACGGCGCGCGUGUGUCCGGCGUGGUGGAGGAGACGCCGGGCCGGCUCGAGUACGAAGUGGCGCUGUACAAGGAGGCGCCGCCGGUGUCGCGGCACACCAACCACUCCGUCGACCUGCCCGUCGAUCAGGUAACUGCUGCUGUACCCAUCGGCACGAAGUUGCAGCUGCGCGCGCGCAUCAACCCGGAUUCGGCAUGGCGACACAUAAAAUUGCUCGAGGUGGCCGUGUCGCCGGACCCGGACCGGCCGCACGCGCCCGGCGCCGUGCUGCUCGUCAAAGAGGGUUGCCGAAACCGCGACUUUGCCUCCAUCAUUCCGCACCAGCCGGCUCGGUACCGCGAACGCCACAAUGAAGUGUUCUUGGACUUUGAGGCGUUCCUCCUUGCCUCCAUGAAGGAGCGCUCCACCCUGUGGAUACACUCACAGAUCAAGGCCUGUAUGGACGCUGCAGACUGCCAGCCGGAUUACUGUCUGGAUUUAUUCGAGCCAUCCGGUCACGGCCGCCGUCGCAGAUCGCUCCCUGACGCGUCGCACAUACACAACAUUACCAGUGCCGCCAUGGUCGCGGACAACGGGACCACACCGUUCACGAGGUUCAAAGAGAACCUCGAAUACACUGUCGUGAUGCCAGGGGAGCUGUUCCACCGGACACCGUUGGAGGGGACGUGUGCUACCUCCAUGAUGGUUGCUGCGGCGUUAGGAGCCUUGCUAUUCAUGUCAGCUUUGCUGAUGUGUUACCUGGCGACACGCUUGAACUCCACAAUGCUCAAAAACAACAGCUUACAAGCGCCGUCCGGCAAAAGUUUCGAACAAAUUCUUAGGGAGCUUGCACACCACUCACUUCCUGACUCUGGUUACACAGGGCGGCCCACCUUGCAGUGAAAAUAGUGUAUUAUACAUAAAUACAAAUAAUUAACCCAUUAUGUAAUAGAUACCUACAUAUCGUUCUUCUGAUAUAAUAUAAUUAGGUUACCUCUUAGCGCUUAUUUAUUUAAUUAGAUACGUAGGUAUAGUAUUUAUUCAUUUCAAAUGUGAACUUAUGACUGAAAAACCACAAGUUAUAUAAGAUAGCUAUAAAAUUUUUCAGUCAUGACUGUUGCUUAUAAAAUAGAAUAUAAUGAUAUUAAUG